AUGAACGUUUAAUAAACUAAAACAUCUUCACUUAAAGACUUUUAAAUAAUUUAAGAGUUAGGAAAGGGGUCAUUUAGUACAGUUUACAAGGUAUUUUGAUAUUAAACAUUCAGGUGAAAAGAAUAGCAGAUGGUUAAGAAUAUGCAUUAAAGAAAGUGAAAUUAGGAUCUUUAAAAUAAAAAGAAAAAGAGAAUGCACUAAAUGAAGUCAGACUAUUGGCUUCAAUAAAUAACAAAUACAUUGUAGCCUACAAAGUAAACAUAAAUAAUACUAAAAAUAGGAAGCAUUUUUUGAUGAUGAAUCUAAAUGUUUAUGUACUGUAAUGGAACUUUUAUCUGGAGGUGAUGUAUAUCGUAGAAUCUGUUAAGCUUUAAAGGGAGGACCACAAUUUUCAGAAUAGGAUAUAUGGAUAGCUUUGAUUCAUAUGAUCUUAGGGUAAGAAUUUGUAGUUAAUUUAGAUUGAAAACACUUCAUGAUUAGAAGAUAGUCCAUAGAGAUUUAAAAUCAGCAAAUGUUUUCCUUUCUAGUGAUGGAACUUUCAAAUUGGGAGAUCUAAAUGUGUCAAAAGUAGCAAAGUAGGGAUUUGUUUAUACUUAAACUGGAACACCAUAUUAUGCAAGUCCAGAAGUUUGGAGAGAUGAUCCAUACGAUAUAAAGAGCGAUAUCUGGUAUAUAAAUUUAAUUAUAUUUAAGGUCAUUGGGUUGUGUUCUUUAUGAAAUGUGUUGUUUGUAAACACCAUUCAGAGCAAAAGAAAUGGAUGUCCUUUUUUAAAAAGUAUAAAAAGGUUUUUAUGAUUAAAUACCAUCAAAAUAUUCCAAAGAUCUUGCUUUAAUCAUCUCAUUGUUAUUAAAAACAUAAUCUUCAUAAAGACCUAAUUGUGACGAAUUAUUAAAAAUGCCUAUAAUUCAAAAUAAAAUGAGAGAUAUUGAAACUCAUAUUAAUAAUUAACCAUAAAAUUAAGAACUUUUAAAAACAAUAUAAAUCCCAAGAACAAUUGAUUAGUUAAAUUCUCAAUUUCCUAAAUCUAAAUAUGAUAAUGAAAUUCUGAGUAUUGAAAGAAAUAUUGAAAAUAAAUCUACAGAAAAUUCAUCUAGUCCUUUUAGAUCUCCAUAAUAAAUCAUCAAAACAUAAUAAGAUUCUAGAUUAAGCUAAGUUAAAGAUAGAUAAAUUACUGAUAUAACUAAAAGUGUAGCUUACUUAGAAAGAUAAAAUAAGCAUCCUUUAUUAGUUCAAGGUCCUAGACCAUCUGCAUCAAGAAAAAUGGAAAAACCAAAAUCUGCCUAACCAUAAUAGCGUUACUAAAAUUAUGAGAAAGGAUCAUAAUUAGGAGAUUCUAAUAUUAAGAAUUCAUAAAUUUAAAAAAUCAAAGAAUCUGAAAAUCUAAGAAUAAAAAGGGAAAAUGAACUUAAAGCAAUUUAAGAAUUAAGAAAAUAAGAAAUUCAAGAUUCAAAAUAUCGAGAAUUAAGAGAUUUAAAACAAAUUCGAGAUGCCUCAAAAGAACUUAUUGCUGAAAAUAGAAGAAUCUCUCCAAUAUCUUAAACCAGAUAAAAUGGAUAAUAUGGAUAAUAUCAAUAAUAGCAUGGAAUCUAAAAACAUUCCUACUCUCCCAUAAAUAGAAAAGUAGAAUUACCUUAAUAUAAUAAGUAAUUAUAAUUAUAAAUUCUUAGUAAUAGAGUAGUAUAAAGUCAAAUGUAAUGUAGACCUUAAAUAAGUCAAUCAAUUAAUAUUAGUAAUCCAAGUCAUUAGAUACGUUAGCCAAUAAUUCAUUAAGAAAACAUUACAAUGAAGAGAUAAUAAAUUCCAUAAUCAGCAGCUCCAGUCUCUUAAAUUUAUUCGUCAAAUCAUUAAUAACGACCAAUAUCUGAUAGAUAUUAACAUCCUUAAUCUGCAUAGCCAGCAAGAGUAGAGUAACAUAAAUUAGAAAGAUCAUAAGUAUUUCCAGUUUAAGCAAGAGUUGUUAAAACAAAACAGAGUGAAUCUAAUGCAAUUAAUAAAAAUUAAUCAACUACAAAAUAGACUAGACCUUUAUCUUCGAAUUUAAUUUCUAAUGAAAGGCUAUCAAAAUAAGAAUACUAGCCAUAAUGUAAUUAAAUUCAUGUAAAUUACAACCAUUAUUAUCCAAUCGAAACUUAUUAAAGACAUGCAUCAGAUUAAAAUUUAAUUAGAUAUUAGUAUAUAAUCUUAUUAGAUAUUUUAGAUAACGAUAAUAAAAUAGAUAGAUAAGAUAAAAUAUAGAGAGUAGAAAGAUUUGA